AUGCCUCUCCUAGCUCUGACCAAGGGACAAAAGAAGGCAGCGAAGAGAGCUGCCAAGAGACAAGGUGCAUCAGCUACUAAGGAGGUUGCUCCGAGUAACGUGGAGUAUACACUAGUCGAUACUAUCGAGCCUGAGCGGUUCGACGCGCCCGCCAUUCCACUCAUACCUACCCAGGACAGCGCAACAUCGACACGGGAUGAUGGUGUUUCUACUCCUCAGCCCUCCAGCUUUAUGUCUUCUGAAGACAUCGACGCUGCUUCAUCUACCUCAACUGCCUUACAGCAGCUACCACCAUCGAGCACUGAUGUCACUGGGUGUCAAUCCUCAGGUCCUUCGCCUACGUUGUCCGCACUGCCUUUAGAGUCCCUGGGUAGCUUCAACGAUAGCUUCACCUUCGAAGCUCGCACUGGCGUUGCCACGUUUGGUGAACGCUCAAACAUCACUGACGUUUUCAACAACGAGUAUGGAUCUUCUUUCCCCCAGGAUGUUGAGGACAUUGAGGAUGAAAGUCCAACUUUAUUGGCUUUCAGCGAAGCCUUCGUGAAAGAGCUAGGUAGUCCUACGUUUACGACCGCCGCAGCAUCGAGCAAGGCUUUUGAGGAAGCCUUGUCACGAAAGCCGGAUGCGACAGGGGCAUCAAUCUUCACGCGGCUCGAGGACGCCACUAUUGACGACGCCCCAGCAUCUGUAUGCACAUCCAAGUUUCCAUUCACGGCUGCUGAUAUCCAGAAAAAGACGAAAGCACCGUCGGAGGAUACACAUCAGGAGCGGGCGCUUGUGCCGUACUACACACCCAAGCAAAUUGGCCGUGCUAUAUACCACGAAGUGGAUCAAGGUCUCGACGAGACCAGCACCAAUCUUUCACUUGGAAAUAUAUUUCCUUGUCGAAUAUUCUUAGCGAGCACGGGUGGUGUGAUCCAAUGUAUCGCCUACGACCAACUUCUACAUGAUGUCGAUACUAUCAAGGAUGACGGCGGGUCAGACUUUGAUUCGGUCGCUUCUCCAAGCAAGGGUUACCUCGAGCCCUUCAGUAGAGCACAUGACAAGACCUCCGAGAGUAUUGACAGUCGCAUCGAAGACGCCCAGUCAGACCUCGGCAUCCCCGAAAGGCUUCACGAUGUGAACAACGCGGGUUUAGAGGGUUCCGAAGUAUCCGACUUGUGUGAUCGCGAAGAGCUCUCGAGCCAUACGGAAGGUUCGAAUUUCGGUUCGGACGAUGCUGCAUCGGUCAGUACUGAGAAGUGCGAAGUUGUUGCGACGCAGCAAGGAAGUCCCCAAUCAACCACACGCUCAGGCAGCAAAGAAGAGCUUUGCGACACAGCACUGAACGAUCUCUCCAAUGGAGAGCUUGCGGAGAAAGUGGUGACUAGUCCUCAAGUUCAAGCAGCUUCCAACGGUGGUCCCGAUGUGAGUAUAAUACGUCUCGGUACGGAGCUCCUCUCCUCUUACCUUGAAGUCAUGGAGGCCGAGGAAAGCGGAAAGGUUACUCGAGACGCCGUGGUCACCGCGUUCCUGAAGCUUGUCAACAUCGAGCGAAAGAAGCGAGGGUUUCAUGCUCUACCGUCUUUAUACACAGCACAUAGUGUGCUGAGCAGUAGCAUUCUUCAGCACACAGUAAAGCUUGGUACAACAACUGUUGCGUCUUUUGUUGCUCAGUUGAGCUUCGAUGAGAAAGACGAGGUCGAGAUGGGCGAUGUGUGUGCGGCUUGGGAUCGAUUGGGCCGUGAGGAAGUGGGACAGCAACCGAUGGCUUCUGAAGGCAUCAUGGCUACGUUAGGCAGGGCUUUGGGUAGGCUCGGUGGUUCGUAUCUUGAGAAGUGA